ACGUAAUGAGUGUUAGCUUUCAUAGAGAGUUAGUCUUUGAAUGAAAGAGAGAGAGAGAGAGAGUGUGUGUCAGUCAGUGUGUGUUAACAGUGAAUGCAUUGAAUAAAAGUGUUGACAAAAUGGCUGAAAAAGAGUCGAAUUUCUUCAAACCUGAAGACAAACUGUCGACAACUGAAUCAAUCGUUCAGUUUUUAUGGAAUCCGAGAACCAAAGAGUUCUGUGGACGCACUGGUAGUUCAUGGCUAAAGAUCUUAAUAUUUUACAUAAUCUUCUACUUAUGUUUGGCUGCCUUCUGGGCUCUAAUGUUGUUAAUAUUUUAUCAAACUAUUGACCAACGAGUGCCCAAAUGGCAAUUAGGGGACAGUCGUAUCGGAUCCAACCCAGGACUUGGUUUCAGACCACGACCUCGUGAUGAGAAUGUGGAGAGCACUUUGAUUUGGUUCAAACAGGGACACAAAGAAGAAAAUUGGAACCAUUGGAGGGACAGUUUGGUGACAUUCUUGGAACCCUAUGAGAAGGCCAAUGAGGCCAGUGCUGACAGAGGAGCUCAUAUCGAUCAGUGCGAUAACGGCAAACCUCCCAGUGAUGACAAGUUUUGCUUUUUUGACAUCAAGAAAAUUGACAACAAUUGCAGUCGUGGACAGGAUUUCGGUUAUAAAAGAGGCGAUCCCUGUGUUCUGAUUAAACUGAAUAGAAUAUACAAUUGGAAACCCGAACCGUUUACUCCGGAUGAUUUGAAAAACAGUAAUAUCCCGGAUGAAAUUAGACCCAAAAUAGUUGCCAAUCAAACUCAAACCAUUUUCAUCUCUUGUGAGGGAGAGAAUGCGGCCGACAAGGAAAACAUAGGACCCGUUCAGUACUAUCCACACCAAGGAAUCGAUUUUAAGUACUUUCCAUUUACUAACCAACCCGGAUAUCUAUCGCCAUUUGUGUUCGUCCACUUCCAGAAGCCCACUCCUGGAGUGUUAAUUAAUAUCGAGUGUAAGGCAUGGGCUAGAAAUAUAAAACACGACCGAAUGGAUAGAGAGGGUAGCGUUCACUUCGAGCUAUUAAUAGACGGAUUCUAGUAAUGACAUAAUUAUAUAAUUAUAUAAAUUUUAGAUUAGGUUUGAUUUUUAGACAUUUAUAGUUUUAUUUGAAUUGAUAACAACAGUAAUUUAAUUGAGUUAAAAAUAUUUUAAUGCAUUCUCUAAUGAUUCAACGAUUCAUACUCACAAAAAAUGCAAUUCAUUUCAGUUUUAGUUAUUAUUAUUAUUAUUACAACGAGUUUUGGUUAAAAAUACAUCAUUAGUUAUAGCAUUUAUGUUGAAAUCUGUUAUUGAGUUAUUAUUUUAUUUUGUAUUUUGAUAGCCUAUAAACUUGUGUAACUGCUAUUCACAAACAUAACUAGUAUUUAAUGAAUGUAUGGCAGCGCUGUUAAUCAGCCAUUACUUCAUUUGAAUUGAAUUCAUAAAAUUACAUUUUAUUUGAACAGUAUAUAAAUAUAUAACUAUAUAAAGUAAUUUAGUAAAAAAAAGUUUGAUUAUUAAUACAGUAUAUGUUUUAUCAAAACAUAGAUUAACAUAGAUUUGUAACACUAACUGAAGUAAUGGUUAGCUAACUUAAACAGCAUUGCAUUGAUUGCUCAUUGAAGUAGUUAUUAUUAACAUAAUAUUAAAUAAUUAGAGAUUCAGUUUCUUAAUAAUCACGAGUUAAAGCAAAGUUGUAUUAUAAUUACAUGUCAUUUAUUUUCACUUACCGUAUAAUAUAAAUCACUUACACAACACCCUAAACAUUCAAUUAAUUAACAUUAAAAGCGAAUGAUUUAAUUUAAUUUAUAAAAAGCAAUAAUAAUUAGAGAUUUUUUCAGAGAUUGGACACAAUAAGCAUUAGUAUCGACAGAUCUGUAGUUUGUUUUCUAUGUCUUGAUUACGAUUUCACGAUUUUGUUUGCUAUUAUAUAUAUUUUUGAGAUACAGAUACACAACACAUCCAAUAUAAUAAUAAUAAACUUAUAUUUGUAUUUAAGUGAUAAUUCUGUUAAUUUUACGUAACAAAUGUUUUGUAUAAAAGAUAUUUAAUUUGUAAAAUAUGAUCACAAAUUUGAAAUCUAGUCUCGUUUUAUGGAAAACAUUCUACAAAUAAAUGGUUAUUAUUAUAAAAAAAAAUGAAAAUUCCGUUCAAUAGCUCUCUUCUAAAACUAAUUGAAUUAUUCUUCAAAUUAAUCAUAAAUCGCAAAAAACAAAUAGCCUUUUAAUUAAUGCAUAGUUUGUAUUAAAUAAA